AUGAACUUAGCAUUGUUGAGGCUGACUCCAUCGGAGCAGGGGAAAGAGGACUCUAAGACCAAGAUGAUCAACGUGUGUUUUACCCGUGAGCUUGUUGUGAAGAAUGCCUUGGCCACCAAUAAACAAGACAAUGAUAGGUUGCUCUCGGCCAUUAAAGAGCACCUCGAUAGGGUUGAUAUAGGGUUUUUGGUUCUGUCAGAUGGGGCAGCAAUCUCUGAUCUACAACUUCGUGGCUCGGGGCAUGGUGAUCCUUGCCGAGUACAUCAAGUGGAACUUCUGAGUCGACGAGAAUGGAACAAAAUCCUUGCUGGAGUUGAUGCUGAGUUUGAGGUUGCAGAGCGGGAUCAGAAGAAGAAUAGGAGAAAAAUAUAUGCAAAAGAAGAAUCAGGAAGCAGACGAUCAAAGAAAGGUCUCAACGCUUGUCUCAAACUUAACAACUACCCUGGAGGGCUAAUACACAUGGAACUUGUCGAGGCUGCUAAUAAGCUAACCAACUACAUGGGCACUGCUUACAUUCUCUCCAAUUUGGCAGCUCUCCUUGCAGAUACUUAUAUUAGCAGAUUCAAAAUUGUUGUCUUUGUUGAAGGCCUCGAGUUUUUGCAUUGCAACAUCUUUGAUCCAGCUUCUCGCUAUGAGAAAAUUGAUGGUGCAAAUGUUGCCCUCCUCUUUGCUGGUCUGUAUAUGCUUGUUGCUGGGUGUGCAUCAGUCAAAGCCGGGCGUGAUGAAAAAGACCCAAAAGAAGCAAGGCAGAUGUCCAACUUCUUCAAUGGCCUUUUAUUGGCCGUAUGUGUUGGUGGUGCUAUUAGCUUGAUGUUAAUUGUGUGGAUUCAAGAUAAUAGAGGUUGGAACUGGGGCUUUGGGAUCUCUUCCAUCUCCUUGUUCUUGGAUGUGAUUGUCUUUGCUUCGGGACUGCCAAUUUACAGGAUACAAGUGAUUCAAGGAAAUAGCCCCAUCAUUGAAAUCAUACAGCUAUUCGCAACAGACAUCUUCAUCUUCCUCAAGACCCCACAGAUCUCUAUGAGAUUGAAAAUGACAAGGAAGCUGCUGUGGAAGCAGAAUUCUUACCUCUCAGGUUCUCUCCCAACCUUGAGUUAA